AUGGCUUCGCAAAUGACCUCCGAUUCACUGGACCGGGUGACGGCGCCUUCAUCCUCUGAGGAUGAGCGUCCUGUUGAGCCGGUUUGGCUAGACGUUUCUACUGUUAAGGAGAUCCUUCAACACAUCGUCGACUCCCGCCGGAGCGGUUCCGAGUCGACUUUCGCUUUCCACUGGCAGCCGACCCAAGUAUACGAUCUUUCUGAUCAGCUGGACGCCGGGCUGGCUGAACUCGGCCAGCCUAAAGUUCGACGAUUCGAAUACGAUUUCAAAUCCGGGACGGUGUAUCUCGACGUCAUGAGCGAAUCGGUUUUACAUUUCAUGGUUCAAAUCGGUCUCCACGAUCAUUUCAAGUAUAUUAUUGCACGGCUGCUUGCUACGGCGGAUGAACCGAUAAUCCGGGACUCGCUACAAUCGGUCGUUGAUCGCGGAACAGCUAGUCUCAACAUUGAUGACAAAAUCCUUACGCAACCCGAUGCCGAAACCCGCCCUCAUGUAGAGGAGAAGGCGCGCAAAUACAUCGAUUUAUCGGACAACAAGAUUCAGGUUGUUCUCAUCCUUGACCUUCAACGCCCCGGCAUCAAGAAGGCAUGGGUAAGCCUGCUGGUAGUGGACGACUCCUCGAGCCAUUGGAUCCGGCAGCAUGAGCUCUUUCACGAUGAUAAUCUCGAUCAACAACCCGUUGGGCAUAUCGACCUGUACCUCUCCGACUUUGUCGGUAUUGCUGGAUUACCCGCGAUAUAUUGCCGUCCCUCAACCGCUGAGUUGACCGCUGGGAUUACGAGGAACCCUAUAGCCACGCUCACAUACGAGCAACUGAGAGCUAUCUUCCGCAGGGCUCGCCAUUGUCACAACCCGACGGAGUUUACCACAGAGGUCGGGGAUAAGGAGGAAAACCCCUACGAGGAAGCGGAGCGUCGUGUGGUUGAAGUGCGCAACAAGGAGCGGCUUGAGUCGGAGCGACGGUUGGCUGAAGAGUGGAUCAAAGCCGAUCGACGUCUGGCUGAAGUAGAGUGGCAGGUGGCCGAUUUGAAGCGGCGGGUGGCUGGGUUCGAGCAGCAGUGCCGGGGGCCUAAGUAGCACUUCGCCGAGAUGCGACAACCCCUGGAGAUGGAUGGGCGGGCGGACAGCCACCGGAGACAGAGCGGAUUGCAGAGGCUAUCCGCUCUCUGUCUGGUAGCCCUGCUAUUUCGGCCAGUCGUUCUGUAAAGGAGGGGUCUUUCUUAGUAUUGUAACUGUAUGCCAGAAAAUGGCCAGGGUGCUCCCUCCGAAGUCGACUGUCUGUUCGGCGGCAAAAGGACAGGUCUGAUUUGGGCAUGCGAGUGCAGAGAGACCUGCCCAGAAGGCAAAUGGGUAAGCACACAAGCAAAGUAGUGACAACCAACACGUGAGGUUGCCUACUCCUCCCCGAGUUUUUGUCUAGCC